AUGGAAGUGAAGGGGACAGGCCCGGCGGCAGCGGCGGGGGAGUCGGUGGCCCUGCUGAGAGGCGGGAACCGCUGCGAGGGGCUGGUGCGGGUCCGGCUGGGCGGCCGGGAGGGCCCGGUGUGCGGGGACCACUGGGGCCUGCAGGAGGCGGCGGUCGUUUGCAGGCAGCUGGACUGCAGCGACGUCCACGUGGCGCCCACGUACGUGGUGUGGCCCCAGGAGCGGCAGCCCUUCUUGCUGCGGGGCGUGCGGUGCCGGGGCUCGGAGGCCUCGCUCUGGGACUGCGCCCCGGGCUCCUGGGAGCCGCUGGGGGGCUGCGCGUGCGAGUGCAUCGGCGCCGUCCACUGCAAAGGUGGGAAGCUGGCGAAGGUGGGGCUCGGCCGAGGAGGCAGCCCCUGUGCGGGGACCUUGGAGAUCAGAUGGACCGAGGACUUUCCUGUGACGUGUGGUUUGCACUUGGAGGAGGCGGGCGUCCUCUGCAGGAGCCUGGGGUGCGGCCCAGUGCUCCAGGCAUCCAGGCCCCACCUCUCUGGGGCCUCUGGGAGCAGGGGACCCAAGAUCGUGACCUGCCAGGGGACAGAGUCCAACAUCUUCAACUGCAGGUUCAACCUGAACGUCCAGGACCAGUGCAACCUGCCGACAGACGCGCAGGUCGUGUGUGCUGGACACACGGAGGCCCGGCUGGCGGGCGGCGAGCACCCCUGUGCCGGGCGCCUGGAGGUGAGGCGCGGCCUGACCUGGGGCACCGUCUGCGACCAGGACCUGGACCAGGCCACGGCCCACGUGGCGUGCCGGGAGCUGCAGUGCGGCGUGGCCGUGUCCACGCCCCCGGGCGCGCACUUUGGCCAGGGCUCGGGGCCCGUGUGGACGGAGGCCUUCCGCUGUGCGGGCAACGAGUCGCUGCUGUUCCACUGCCCGCGGGCGCCCGGGCACCGGUGUGGGCACGGCCAGGACGCCGGGCUCCGGUGCUCAGGGGACAGGUUCCGGCUGGCCAACGGCAGCAGCAGCUGUGAGGGCCGCGUGGAGCUCCAGGUCCAGGGGGCCUGGGCGCCCCUCUGUGCCGCCCACUGGGACCUCGCAGACGCCACCGUCCUCUGCCACCAGCUGCAGUGCGGCAGCGCCGUGGCCGUGCCCCCGGGCGGCCACUUCGGGCAUGGGGGCGCCCCCCUCUGGCCCGACAGGUUCCACUGUGCGGGGACAGAGCCCUACCUGUGGCACUGCCCGGUGAGCACGCUGGGCGCCCCGGCCUGCGCCCCCGGACACUCGGCCUCCGCGGUCUGCUCAGGCCUGGCCCAGGCGCUGCGGCUGCGGGACGGCCAGAGCCGCUGUGACGGCCGCGUGGAGGUGGCGCUGGACGGCGCGUGGGGCCGCGUCCUGGACGACGCGUGGGACGCGCGCGGCGCGGGCGUGGUGUGCCGGCAGCUGGGCUGCGGGGCGGCGGAGCGGGCCUACGAUGCCCCCGCCCCGGGGCGCGGGGUCCGCGUGGGGCUGAGCCGCGUGCGCUGCGCGGGCACCGAGGCCCGCCUGGCCCAGUGCGACGUGUCCGCCGCCCCGCUGGCGCCGCCGGGGGCCGCGCGGGACGCGGGCGUGGUUUGUGUGGGGAGCCGCGGGGUGCGCCUGGCCGCGGGCCCGGGCCGCUGCGCGGGGCGCGUGGAGCUGCUCCGCGGGGGCGCGUGGGGCACCGUGUGCGACGACGGCUGGGACCUGCGGGACGCGCACGUGGUGUGCCGCCAGCUGGGCUGCGGCCGCGCCCUGGGCGCCCCGGGGGCGGCGGCCUUCGGGCCCGGGUCCGGGCGCAUCUGGCUGGACGAGCUGGGCUGCGAGGGCACGGAGUCCGCGCUGUGGCGCUGCCCGUCGGGGGGCUGGGGCCGGCACGACUGCGGCCACAAGGAGGACGCCGGCGCCGUCUGCGCAGGGCUCACCGGGCUGCGGCUGCGGGGCGGCGGGCCGUGCGCCGGGCGCCUGGAGGUGCUGCACAACGGCACGUGGGGCGGCGUGUGCGGGCCGCUGGGCGCCGCCGCGCUGGCCGUGCUGUGCGGGCAGCUGGGCUGCGGGGCCCCGGGCCGCCUGCGGGCGGCGGGGCGGGCGCCGGGCGCCGCGGGGCCGCUCUGGGUGGCCUCCAUCCAGUGCCGCCACCGGCACGACCUGGCGCCCUGGCAGUGCCCGUCCGCGCCCUGGGACCCGCACUCCUGCCCGCGCCAGGAGGAGGCCUGGGUGGAGUGCGCAGGUGAGGGGCCGGGAACCCCUGCGGCCCCGGGGGAGCCCCUCAACUGCUCUGCCUCCCGCAGCUGCCCAGAGGAGGGCUCGGUGCGGGUGCGCGGCGGCCAGGACGGCUGCGCGGGCCGCGUGGAGCUGUGGCACGCGGGCGCCUGGGGCACCGUGUGCGACGACGCCUGGGACCUGGCGGACGCGGAGGUCGUGUGCCGCCAGCUGGGCUGCGGCGGGGCCCUCAGCGCCCCCGCGGGCGCCGCCUUCGGCCCGGGCUCGGGGCCCGUGUGGCUGGACGAGGUGGGGUGCCGGGGCAGCGAGGCGGCGCUGGGGGGCUGCCCCGCGGAGCCGUGGGGGCACACGGACUGCGGGCACAAGGAGGACGCGGGCGUGCGCUGCUCCCGUGAGUGGGCCGGGGGGCCGGGACAGCCGGGCCCCGCUCCCCGGCCGAACCCGGAGCCCUGCCCGACGCUCCGGGCGGUCAGCGCGGUCCUGGGCGCCCUCCUCGGCCUCCUCUUCCUGAGCCUCCUGGGCCUCCUGGGCCUGCUGCGAAGCACACAGGCCAAGCAGAGAGGCCUGGGAAGUUCGGAGGCGUCUCCCGAGGAGCCCACCUAUGAUGUCAUCGGGGAGCCGCCUCUCGCGGGGGUGUACGAGGAGGUCCGGGAGGAGCCCCAGGGUGAGGAGGACCGGGGUGCGGGCAGGGUGGCCACGGCAGAAGGGACAGCGAGCCUCAGGGACGAGCAGUCUGCGCCGGAGGAGGAUUACGACGAGGCUGCGUUUCCCCUGGAGGAGGUGACGCUGUGA